CGAGGCCAAAUUUUCGAUGGGCAAGAAAUGCUAAGACAGCUUUCCGUAAUACCUACCUCCUCUUAUUUUUUUUUUCUUAUACGCCUGAUACACUGCAUGUCAACAAACUAGUACAUUUGAAAACAGAAAUGGAGAACAGCAGCGAUCAAGCAGCUUCAGAGCUGGAACUCAAAGAAUUUUUGCGCAAUUGCGGCCUUGGACAGUAUACCGAUGCUUUGAUUGCAGAAGGGUUCGAUCAGUUGAAAUCGCUUUUUGAGAUUAUUGAAAGCGACUUGGAAGCUCUAGAUGUCAAACGUGGCCAUCGACGGUUACUUCAGCGAGCCAUUGCCAAUGCAAAAGGGUAUGAUCCUAAUUUGCCGUUGCCAACUACAAACAAUGCUUCAUCACGGUCUUCUGCCACAUCAUCAACAGACUCACCCAACUAUAACCCCAACGGACGACAUCUACCACCUGUCGCUACUUCGCCUGUAGAUAUCAGAGCCGACACAGUUUCAAGCACGGAGGAGGAUAAUUUUAGUGAAUUUGCAAGAUCCAAACGGAAAUAUCGUCGACAUGCGAAAGCUGACAAAAACGCGCCUAUCAAGCCUCCUUCUGCCUAUGUGAUGUUUUCCAAUCAAGUCAGAUCAGAAUUGAAAGAUUAUAAUAUGUCAUUCACAGACCUCGCAAAAAUAGUUGGCGAUCGAUGGAAGUCGAUUUCGUCUGAAGAAAAAGAUCAAUAUGAUCGAACGGCGCUAAAAGCAAAAGAAGAGUAUUUGGAGGCGCUUUCAAAAUAUGAACAAACGGAUGAACAUAAGGAUUAUCAAAGAUAUUUAGCCGACUUUAAAGUGAAGCAACAAGCCGCAGCUCGCGCCGUGGGCAAGCCAAGAAAACGGCCGAAAAUGGCCUCUCCGAGUAGUGGCUCGAUCGCAGAUGCCAGCAAUAACUCAAAUGGCAACAACGGAGACACGAGCAGUAGUAGCAACGGAAACUCUAUAGCCAAUUCAAAUGAGCACGCUACACCAAUAUUACAACCAUCAUCGAGUCGAAGCGAUAUAGCAAGCUCCACCACCGAUUCCGGUAUAUUCUCAAACUCCUCCAAUUUUGAACCUUAUGGAAAUAGCGAAGCCGUCUCUUCUUCUUCUGGGCCGACUUCGGUAUCUUCUGGUGAUACUCGAUCGAUGGGUUCAAAUGGAUGGUAUAAACAAGGUCGCUAUCACCAUCAUCCACACAAACUUAGCCAGUCGGGUCAUCAUCGACCGCCAAUACAAUCUGGGGAGUCUUCGGAAUCGCGAAGUACUUCGGAUCAUAGUCAAUUUACGGGUUCUUCCACCUCCAAUUCCUAUUCGCCGUCAACUCCUUAUGACUCGUUACCGCUGACCAGCAAUGUCCGACCGCCGUUCAAAGAUCCUUCAAAGUUUGAUCGCAGUGACAUGUUGGAGACGUCCAAACCUGGUAUGAUGCAACGGUCGUCGCCAGCAAUGUACCAACGACAAUCUAACCGGCGGUCUGACUCGAUUCCAAACCCGUCGCGCUUGCCCCCACUACAUACACCAGUUUCCACUGCGGUUGAACGCGAUGGUGAUGGCGGCCCUUCACCAGCACUAUGAAGCCAACUCGCUAGCUCAUUCACUUGAUCUCACAAUAACCCAAAAGCAAAAACACAGCACCUCUAGCUGUCCUACAUACCAGUUUCCAUUUUGCUUUCG